AUGACUUAUCACGAAGGAGACCCAGCCUUUCGCGUACUAGCGAUUAAAUGCGAGCAUCAAGUCCCAGAAUCUGUCGAUCCGCCUAUUACGCCAGUACCACUGGUACAUGAGGAAGUAUACACAAAUGCCCCGCGUCAGACCGAGGAAAGGGACGAAGAGACUUUAAAAACCAUAUCCCAUACACCGACUAUGGUAGAAAAUGAGCUCUUUUAUGUUGAUUUCGAGGACGGAGAUAGACAGAAUCCAGUCAACUUCUCUCCUGCAAGGAAGUGGGCAAUCACGAUAAAUGCUUGUGCUUUUACGGGCAUUGUAGCUGCCGCCGCGUCUUCGUAUACCAUGGGCUAUUCGUCUAUGAUAGGAGACCUCGAUUGUACAUUAUUCCAAGCAACUCUGGGAUUCAGUGUGUUCACUUUAGGAUUUGCAUUCGCGCCUCUGGUCACUUCGUCGUUCAGCGAGGAAUUCGGCCGCUUUCCUUUUUACAUCGUCUCGUCCUUCAUGUUUGUACUGUCUGAAGUGAUGAUGGCUUUGGCACCGAAUGUACAAGUCGUUAUUAUAGCUCGUGCCAUUGGAGGGUGCUUUGGCUCGACGGGCGCAAUACUCGUGGCUGGAACUAUUGCAGACAUAUGGUUGCCUCAUCAACGGGGAUUCCCGAUUUCCCUCUAUGCCUUAGCGGCUAUUGCAUCUUCUGGUUUAGGUCCAAUGGUUGCGGGCUGGAUCGAAGCCAACCCAUCCCUGCAAUGGCGGUGGAUACAAUGGAUCCAGGCUAUCGUCAGCGGGGUGUGUUCUAUCUCCAUGCUUUUAAUCUUGAGAGAGACUCGCUCGACCGUCAUUCUGGCUCGUAUGGUCCGUCAAGUUCGAAAGGACACUGGAGAUGGCCGAUACUGUACAAGAUCAGAAGCAAACAAGCCCUCCCUUAUGUCUAUGAUUGCUACUUCAUGCACUCGCCCAUUAAGGCUCUUAUUCACUGAGCCCAUUGUUCAAAGCUUUAGUCUCUGGAUUGGUUUUGUGUGGGGAGUUCUCUUCUUUUUACUUGACUCAGUAUCGGGCGAAUUCCAAAACAUCUACGGAUUUGGUGUCGGAGAGACUGGGAGCGUGUUCGCCACCAUAGCCAUCGGAAGCCUUCUAGGUUACUUGGUUAAUAUCUACCAAGAAAGACUAUACAAAAAACAUGUCCAUCGCAAGGGCCAAGAAGCUCGUCUUUACAUUGCUUGCGUAGCAUCUAUAACUCUUCCCAUCGGAAUGCUCAUCUUUGCAUGGACUGCCCGACCAGAUAUCCCGUGGAUAGUUCCCCUGACCGGCCUUACGCUUUUCAUAACAUCCGCUUUUGUCAUAUAUCAAGUCGUAUUCAUCUACUUGGCAGAUUGCUAUGGGCCGUAUGCAUCUUCGGCGCUCGCAGGUCAGAGCUUGUGUCGAAACACACUUAGUACUAUCUUCCCGCUCUUUACGAGCCGGAUGAUCGACCUCCUGACGUACAAAUGGGCAGGUACUGUCUUUGCGCUCAUCGCGGCCAUCAUGAUCCCUAUACCAUAUAUUCUUUUCUUUUAUGGGUCGAGAAUACGAGUAUGCAGCCCUAUCUCCCAGAAGAUCCUGGAGAUCGAGGCUGAACAAAAGAAUCCAGACUUGGAGAAGUCGUAA